AUGGCUUCGAAUAAGAAAGUUGUGUGCAGGGCCAGCAACGAGAACAAUCAAGCCACAAUUUUAGGAAAAUUCCAAGAUCUCCCAUAUCGACUCGGGGAACAGAACCAUGAAUGUCAACAUUGUGGUGCUUUGAGAUGGGGGGAAGAAAGGACUAAACUUAAAUCAAAACAUCAAGAAGAAACUUAUUCGAAUUGUUGCCAGCAGGGUUCGGUAACUUUGCCUUGGGGGGAAUUCGAGGGACCUACGCUCCCUGAUAGUCUCUUGAAAUUGUACACUGGAGAAGACAAAGAAUUUCAGGACAAUAUCACUCACUACAAUAACACGUUAUCAUUCACAUCUCUUGGUGUGAAAGUAGACCAAUCCGUCGCAGGCCAAAAGGGGAUCAACACGUUCCGGGUAUCAGGACAAUUGGCGCAUCGAAUCGGAUCCGCUUUACCAGCCGCGAAGAAAAUUCCUUCCUUUGCACAGAUAUACGUCGUGGGAGAUGGAGGCGAAGGGGAGGUUGACGUAAGGCUAGGACAUUUCAAAAAAAAUAAUUUAUCGAAGGAGAUAAUGCUCGAACUUCAAAAUGUCCUGAAUGACGUGAACCCCUAUGCUGAGUUUCUAAAAUCUUCGGCCACCGUCCUAGAGUCGAGGCCCUCACUCCGAAUCAUGCUCAAGACCUUACCUCCGGGGAAAAGAGAAGUGAAAACUUAUAACAAACCCCGACCUCAAGAUGUCGCUGCAAUCGUCGAAUCAUCUGAAAAUUUAGACGAUAAGCCCCGACACAUUAUCCUCCAUCGAAAGAAUAAUAAGCUAAAGCACAUUACGGAUUUAAGUACUGGUUACUUACCUCUUCGGUAUCCACUCAUGUUACCUUUUGGGUCGCAGCAGUGGGAUGAUGAUUAUGUUUCACCUACUGUGAAACAAAACAACAAAAGUGAGUUGUAG